AUCUCAUUAUUUUUGCACUCUGCAUAGGAUGUCAUCCAUGAAAUUUACUUGCUGUGGCCAUAUUAGACCACCAAUAAGAACUGCUGAUGUGGCCGAUUAUGUAUUCAUGUGUCCGUACAUUUCUGUUAGAACCUGUCCCCAUGCUGCAACCACUAUGACACCCAUAUAUUGACGAAUCCAGCACCAGUCGACAGGAAUAUGCCCCUUUUCGGUCAUCACCAUAUCGCUCCGUCUCUGCAUCCAGUGACGGCCUGUCUCCUUGGCCUCCCCUAGACUACUCUCCAAGCAGGUUGGGACAAGUUUGCAGUUUUGUAAUCUUUCCGCGGAAAGUAGGAGGAAUGGCAGACCCCGCAACUGACGUCACAGACAACAUCAGCACCCCCGACAUGGGCAACCGCACGGACUCCACAGUGACGAACACGACAGACUACUUUGAGUUUGUUGACAACUCCACGACUGACAGUGAUUUCUUUCGUGACGAGAUAGACGGUGCUUUGGGUGUUGGUCGAACAAUCCUGAUAGGUACGGUGGCCCUGUGUGCUUUGGUUAGUAGCGUACUGGUAAUCCUCGCAACUGCCAAGAGGAAAAACACUUUACCGAAAAACAUCGGCUACCUGUCUUGCUCCAUGGCUGUAGCUGACUUCAUGCUGGGAAUAUUGUUAAGUUUUUCAAUCUAUCCCUCUACACUUGGCUAUUGGCCGUAUGGUGACGCGUUGUGCACCACGCAAGGCAUCGUGUUCUACAUGAAUACAAUCAUUGUAUGGAUAACGCUUGCUUACAUUAGCGUAGACAGGUACGAGGCGGUCGCUAGACCCACUGGUGUAAUGCAGAGUAGGCGUUUUUGCGGGGUCUCAAUAUGCCUUAUAUGGGUAGUGGCGUCUCUCUGGUGCUUGGGAGUCUACAUGAAAGGGGACAUGAGAAUAGUUUACAACAAAGCAUUGGCAUUCUGCAUAGCUGCAGAUACGGUCAACAUUGUUGGCACGGUGGUAGUCUUUCUUGUAGGAGGUGUCGUCACAUGGGUUUUCCUCACAAAAACUUGGCAAACGAUAGCCAAUCACGUGCAGGGCGCUGUGGCUCCAUCUGCCACCAAUCAGGCUCCCCUGGCUUCGCCCGCGCAGUCGUUUGGACUGGCAUUUCGGACUCUUUUUCUGCUGACCGCCGUACAAUACCUUCUCUGGGUACCCGAAGCAUUUCUGGCUUUUUUGUAUGUAGCAAAAGUGCUGAAGGACCUGAAAGUUCCCAUGGUGAAUUGUUUUGUAUUUUGGCUUGGGCAGUUCAAUACAUCGCUGGACUUUAUUGCCUAUAGUUUUACUCAUCAGUCUUUCAGAGAGGCGCUUAAGGGACUGUUUCGGGACGCCACCAGCGUUCUGUGGAGGCGUUUGACCGGACGAGAUUUCUUCCAGACGCCUGUAACCGACUUCCAGCAUCAGGAGAUUGUUUCGCAGAACGCGACAGUCCACCGCUCAGAGGAGAACCCUUCCCGAGAUCAGCCGCUCCACCGCUCGCAGCAAACCCCGUACCGAGAACAGCCGACUGGGAUCGAACUCCAACCGCCUCCCAACCUCGGGCCCGAGGAAACAUCUGACGACGAUGGUGCAGCUGCAGCUGCCAGCAGGUGGAACAAAGACACCCGACCGCGAGGAAGGCACCAACCCAGCAGCUUCUGUGCCCAACAUCUUCCCGCGCUAGAUCCGGACGACACCCCAGGCAAUGACCAACCUCCCAUUCAGCUUGGUGACGUACAACCCAACAUGCCUGCUGGUUUCGCACACGUGUCAGUAGUUACAGCUGACCAGGAUGAUGGUGACAUGGAAGCAGAGGAGAACGACUACAUGGACCAACUCCCCGGCAUGUUGUUAUUGUGAUUUAUUGUCAUAUUGACCCCAGAAGUCUUAAUUCUUUAACCUCCCUUCUAAUGGCUUAAAAAGCUUUACACAUCAACCUGCUAUAGUAACGUUAUACCAUGUUUUUAAUAAGGCUCAAUACAAAAAUAUCGUGUUUGGUUUGAUCAUGUGGGUGGCAUCGCCCGGGAACCCUAAAACUGAUGCAAACAUGCGAACAAAAAAGGUUGCCUCAAAUGUGAAAUCUAAGUGGUCAGGAAGGUUGAACAAAUGACUAGUAGAUUUUUCAUUUUUGUUCCUUCACAUCUUCUUCUUUGACUUUGGAAGUUACUUUGGUACUCUAUGGCAUCAGUAUGUGUUUCCGC